AUGCCGCCCAAAAAGCAGGACAACGCCCCCAAAAAGGUCGCCGUCGACAAGACGUUCGGCAUGAAGAACAAAAAGGGUGGUGCCGCCCAACGCGCCAUCAAGCAAAUCAACGCCACCUCCACCCUGCCCGCCGACCAAAGGAAGAAGGAAGCCGAAAAGCUACAGCGCGAGAAGGAAAAGCUGGCCGCCGAAGCCGCCAAACGCGAAGCCGCCGAACUCUUCAAGCCCGUCCAAAUCCAAAAAGUCCCUUUCGGUGUCGAUCCCAAGACGGUGCUGUGUCAGUUUUUCAAAAAGGGCGCUUGUGAAAAGGGCAGGAAGUGCAAGUUUUCGCACGACUUGAGCCAGGGCAUCAAGGGUGAAAAGAAGAGUUUGUACACCGAUACGAGGGAAUUGGAGAAGGAGCAGCAGGAUGAGGAGCGGAAGAAGGAUGAUAUGGCUGAUUGGGAUGAGGAGAAGUUGCGUGAUGUCGUCAAGUCCAAGCACGGUAACCCCAAGACGACAACCGACAAGGUGUGCAAGUUCUUCAUCGAGGCUGUCGAGAACGGCAAGUAUGGUUGGUUCUGGACUUGUCCCAACGGCGGCGAUAAGUGCAUGUACAAGCACAGUUUACCACCAGGCUUCGUCCUCAAGACAAAAGAACAACGCGCCGCCGAAAAGGCCCUCAUGGACAAAUCCCCCCUCAACACCCUAACCCUCGAAGACUUCCUCGACUCGGAACGCCACAAACUCACCGGCACCCUGACCCCAGUCAACGAAGAAACCUUUGCAAAAUGGAAAAAGGAACGCAUGGACAAAAAGGCCGCCGAACAAGAAGCUCAAAAGAUGAAGGAAGCCACCGGUCGCGCCUUGUUCGAAAAGGGCGACUGGAACGACGAAAACGAUUCAGAUGCCGAAGACGACGAUAACUGGAACUUGGAGGCUAUGAGAAGAGAAACAGAGGCGGCGAGACAGAGGAAAGAGGAGAUUAGGUUG